UUAUACAACUCAUUACUAUAUUUUAUGUUCCAAUUUUUUUUGUUAAUAAUACAUCAAACCGUUACAAGUUAAAAAUCUAUCUAUACAUAUUUUCCUAAAAAGCUAUAACGUUUUGUUUGAAUUUGAAAAGAGAGAGAGAAUGGUGGUCAAGUUGCAUUGAUUUAGCCACCGCCGGAUUUGGUUUGAGAAAAGGUCGGCCGGGAUCAUAUAAAUGGCGGCGUGGAAGUCGUGGAUUGUGGCGGAGAAAGCACGGAGAUGUGUACGGACAGUGUUCUUUGUGGCAGCAAUGAUGGCGUCUCUGUUAGCUUCGUCUUUGCCGGUUCUGAUCACGGUGGCUGAUGUGGUUGUUCCUUGUCUCAUCGUCUCUAGCAUCACGUGCCUCACUUGCCACUCCACUGCAGAACAACUUCGUCUAUAUAGUUUCAAGAGCUCUCUCAUUGAUGUACCACUCAUCUCCUUCCUUAGAUCUCUCGUCAUUAUCUGUCUGUAUUGGGUUUGUGAAGACACAAGAUUAGCUUAUGGUAUUUAUCUUGAAACUGUGAUGUUAUCUUCCUUUGGAGGGAUACUUCUUGUUUUGGUUAAAACUUGUGUUUUCACUGUGAAUUCUCAUCUUGAGGCUAAGGUCUACAACCUCAAGAUCUCAUGGGGAAUGCCACUUUUGCUACUAUCCUCUGCUGUUUUUGGUCUAGCUCAUGUCGUGGUAGCUUAUCGAACGAGCUGUGGAGCGAGAAGGAAGCUAAUGUACCACAAAAUUGACCAAGAAGCUGUUCUCUCAUGUAAAUCUGGUUUCUCAGGUUACAAGAAGGCUCAUCGUCAAUCUUUCACUCGAUCAAACUGCAAACUCUUAAACUAUGCCGGUGAAUUCAGACAAAACUCUUUCAGGGGAACAUCUUUGGACAAAGAGGAGCUGCAACCAAGACUGCUUGCAAAUGCAGACAGUUUAUUCAUCAAGAUCCAAGGCUUAACUGUCCAUUACAAGCAGUGUACUUCACAGUAUAUUCCUCCUCAUACUCCCUCCGUUACCGUAAAUGGUUCUGCAGUGGACAUGAAUGCGAGUAGGCUGAGAGUACUAGACAAGCAGAUGUCAAACUUAACCUCCCAUACUCAGAGCAGUCAUUUGCAUCGAAGCUACACUAUUCAGCCUGAUAGAUCAUCGUUAUAUGAUCCUCUGUUAGCCAGUUACCAAACCACACCCAUUAGCGUGUUUAAUAAGGAUGAUAUAAAUCAAAUGGAUUCUAUAGGUUUGGAGGGAAAUGAAGAUGUUGGUAUAGUUCUAGUCCAUGGAUUUGGAGGUGGAGUCUUCUCAUGGAGACAUGUAAUGGGAAAUUUGUCUCAUCAGCUUGGCUGCAGAGUUGUUGCAUAUGACCGGCCUGGUUGGGGAUUGACCUCUAGGCUUAUCCGGAAAGAUUGGGAGAAGAGAAACCUAGCAAACCCUUAUAACCUCGAAAGCCAGGUUGAUCUACUACUUUCUUUUUGCUCCGAGAUGGGAUUUUCUUCGGUGGUACUCGUUGGCCACGACGAUGGUGGGUUGCUUGCUCUCAAGGCCGCAGAAAAGAUACAAGCAUCUACCUUAAAAUGCAAUAUCAUAAUCAAAGGGGUGGUUUUGAUAAACGUUAGCUUAUCAAGAGAAGUAGUUCCUGCUUUUGCAAGGAUACUUCUUCAUACUUCACUAAGGAAGAAGCACUUGGUCCGUCCUUUAUUGCGAACCGAGAUAACCCAAUUGGUGAACCGACGUGCAUGGUGUAACACCACCAAGCUAACCACUGAUGUCACAAUGCUCUACAAGGCUCCUCUAUGUUUAGAAGCUUGGGAUGAAGCACUCAAUGAGAUAAGCAAGUUAUCAUAUGAGAUGAUACUUUCACCUCAAAAUGCAUCAGCUCUGUUGAAAUCCAUGGGAGAUCUUCCAAUUCUAGUUGUUGCUGGGGCUGAAGAUGCUCUUGUUCCUCUAAAAUCCUCAAAAGCUUUGGCUUCGAAGCUCACCAAUUCUAGACUAGUAGAGAUCUCUAGUUGCGGCCAUCUGCCACAUGAGGAGUGUCCUACAACACUUGUUUCCGCUCUCGGUUCCUUCAUUUGCAGACUGAUACCCAAACUACCAAACUCCUAAAACAACAUAAAAUAAAACCAUACCAAGCCACAAAAAACCAUCCCAAAGAAAAGAGUUUGAUGAAACAACGUCUGCAAGAUAUCAUCAAUAUCUCUCUACAGAAGAAUAUGACUUUUUCGUGGUUCAUUCUUAAAGGAUCAAAACUCCAACCAGAAUUGCUACAAAGAACCUUACUUCGGAUCCUUUUAUCUGCACAAAAGUUGGAGCUAUGGCAUUCAACUAGGCCAAGUGUAUAUUAUUAUCAGCCCAACUUUCUCAAACACAACCUGUCUUUCUCUCAUGAAUAAUGUAUAUAUGAUUCCUGUUCAGAGAAAAUACAAAUCCUUACCAAUUAAUCUGUCAUGCCUUCUCUGGUGAUGAACUGUUACUUUGAUACAAACAAACCAGUCAGAAAUGGUUUUUUAGAGAAUCAUUCGAAUACAUGUUUAAAGAUAGAUAAAU